UUGCCUGCUGGCCUUGUGAGAGUCAGAGAGGAUGUUAAUGAUGAUGAUGAUGAUGAAGAAGAAGGGGUCAAAGUCUCUUGCUGUGGUAGCUCUUUUCUUGGCGUCAGUCAACUGCAUCCUCCCUCCAUCAAAAGAUGAUCUUGCACAGAUCUCUCUCCAGGCAGAGAAGUAUCUGGAUAAACAGAUCGAAAAUGCAGUUAACGGAGUGAAGGAGAUGAAGAACGUGAUGCAGAAAUCUUCAGAGGACCACAAGAAGUUUUUGGACGCCCUGGAAAAGACCAAAGAGCAAAAAGAGGAAGCGAUACGCACAGCUCAGGAGAUGGAGGCCAAGCUGGAGCAGGAGGAGGAGGUCUGCAAUGAGACCAUGAAGGCUCUGUGGGAGGAGUGUAAGCCCUGUCUGAAGAAUACCUGUGUUAAAUACUACUCCCGAACAUGCAGCAGCGGAUCUGGACUGGUGGGACGUCAGCUGGAGGAGGUGCUGAACAGAACAUCUCCCUUCUCCAUCUGGAUCAACGGGGAGAAGAUUGACGUCCUGGAGCAGGAGGGACAGCGACAGAGCAAAGAGUUCAAGAACCUGGAGGGGAAGUACACGGAGAUGGCCGACGGCGUGGACAGCAUAUUUUCAGACACCAUGAAGGUGGCUGAUCAUGUGCACUACAACCCUCCAGCCUUCUUCCUCCCCAGUUUCCUCGGACCGUACACUCGCCAGGGCAGAAGCAUUCGUUCUCUCUUCCGCGAUCCUUUCCACAACUUCCACAGUUUGUUCUCACCCAUGACGGGCAUGGGCAGGAACUUCUUCAGCUCUAUGGGCUCCAUGAUGGACAUCACCUCAGACACACUUCCAAACGAGGACGGCAGCGUGAAUGAGGACGUCGUCAUCACCAAACCUUUUGGCAACGGACAAAUGACCUGCAGGGAGAUUCGCCGCAACUCGGCCGGCUGUAUCAAGUUCCGUGACGAGUGUCAGAAAUGCAAAGAGAUCCAGCACAUCGACUGCUCUGGGAACAAACCUCUGGAGGGCUCGCUGAAGGUGGAGCUGGAGGAGGCAUUGGACCUCGCCAAGCGCUUCACUCAGAGGUACAACGACCUCCUGAAAAAUUUCGAGGAGGAGAUGUUCAACACCUCCUCAAUCCUGGACCUGCUCAACAGACAGUUCGGCUGGGUGUCGUCUCUGGCGAAUGAAACCAUCAGCAAAGACAACAUCUUCCGGAUUCAGGGUGUGAUCUGCAAGGACACUGAUGAGAAGCCAGAGGGAGAAGACAGUCAGCCUGAAGAAACCAACGUGUCUGUGCAGCUCUUCGACUCUCCGUCUAUGAACUUCACCGUGCCGGGCGACAUCCCCUGGACCGACCCCAAGUUCUCUGAGGUGGUGGCCCAGGAGGCUCUGGACCGCUACAAAGAAAUCAGUGUGAUGGUCAAAUAAAAGGUAUUCGCGCCCCAACCUGCACUGUCAGCUGACAAGAGAAAGUUCUGGAUUCAUCAAAAACACACCUGAAACCCGGACGAUAAACACACCUGGAAGAAGAAAAAGAAAAAAAAAAAAAAAGCACACACUGAUUCUGUAAAUCUAAACGAAGUCCUGCUUUUGCAAACGACACAGUUUAACCUCAGAGAUUUAUACUGUCACCUUUAGAGCUGUUUGUCCUGCUGUGAGAAGAUAAUCAGUAGAUGUAGAUAAGGACGUAAACUGUAUGUGAGCUGUGCCAUAGCACUUACAUGAUUCAUGCUUCAGCCAACGUUGAUGUUAUCGACUCUUAAGUUGUUUUUCAGAUUAAAGUGAUAUUUCCUCCACGAGUAAAACAAAUAUUUGAGUUUGUAGGAAGUUCGCUUUAAUGACCUGAACUACCCUUCUACAGAUCUCUGAGAGCUUUCAGGUUGAUUUGUUGGAGUUUAACUCACCGACUGGUAAACUAAAAAUAGGAGUUGAUUCUCUUGUGUUUUUCUGCACAGCUGCACAGCUGUGAAGUGUAAUACGCAGAGAUCUAAUAAUAAAACCCGCUCGAAUCCA